CUGGCAACAUUGCUAGUAGCGUCACACAACAUCCGCUGCUGAGGCUCUUGGGUCAGAUUCUGGUCAGGUUGUGUCCUGUGGUUGUGUCACAGUCAGUCAGAGCACAAACUAUGGUUCAGAGAUGACAGUUACAAGGCUACCGUCUGCAGCGCUGUCUCUAAAACAGUUUUUACAGAGGCAAAGGGUUUUAGGGAUUUACAGGAACAUGCUGAGGGCCAUACGGCAGGUACCGGACGAGGCAGACAGAAAGUACUUGAGAGACUGGGCCCGAGAUGAGUUCAAGAGGAAUAAGAAUGCCACAGAGCAGGAUGCUAUCCGCAUGAUGAUAACGCAAGCUAACAAUCAUCUGGAGGAGCUGCAGAAGUCCCUGGCACUGGCCAAAAGUUAACCAGCACAAGCUCCUGGAGGUCCAGCUCUACACUUUCCUGGGCUAGUUUUCAGUGGAGACCACCCCAUGGUCUGUUUUACUGUAACUGACUGACUGAGGGCCCUUAUGGAGAAAAGGAAGCGUCUCAGUGAUAUGACAAGUCUCUGGCUGGGCUCCACGAUGGACGGAUAGAUGGAUGGAUGAAACAGACAUGAAGACAUCACCCUCCAUCUUGUGUGGUACAGUGGUGAGGACGGAGGGCUCACGUGUUGGAAAAUGCAUAUAUUAUAUAUAAUAAAGAAGAACUACUGAA